AUGAUGCCUUCGGAGGUCCCUGUCCCAGCCCCGCGAGGCGGAGGUGGGGAAAAGCCUAGUGAAACUGCAUUCUUGAAGGCCCUUCAGGCCCUUCUAGUGCAGUAUCGCGGAGCGGGAGACAACCGGCCGGCUCCACCCGCAGCCAAAGGCAAGGGCGGGCACAGGGGCACCGCGAAGUCCCAAACACGAGUCUCCGAUUCGCAAGUCCUUGAUGCGGUGGUUAGAUUGGUUGUUAGGGCACAAAACCAAGGCGCCAACGGCAUCCUCGACCGUUUGAGCAGUCUCGUUCAGAACGCAGCUGAGGGCAAACCCAUCGCUAGUGGAAGAGCUGAGCGACGGCGGAAGGCCAAGGAGCGCAUGCAGACGCCUCUUCAAUCGUUCUAUGGCCCGCUGAAGGGUAAAGGAAAACCGCUCAAAGGUGCAGGUCAGCAGGGCAAGGGGCCAAGUGACACCCAGACCAAGGGGGCCGUGCGGCCCAUCAGUCCAGGGUGGCAACCACUUGGGCAAGCCAUUCCCGCUGAUGAAGCCGCAAAGCGGCUUAAGGCCCAGAAGCCGUUGCGAGCUCAGUGGAUCGUCGCUGACUCUCAGGAGCAAGCCGCAAAUAUUGCGCAGCUGGCUCAGGUGACUGAGUUCAAUGAGAAAGUCGGCAUCGUGUCUGAGAAGCCCAUUCUGGGCGAAACCUCCGCCAAAGUUGAUCUCCCAUCGCAUUGGCAAGGCAAGGCUAAGGUCAAGCAGUGGCACUCUGUGCCGCUCGUGGAUGCUGCAGGCAAGCCCGAGGCUGCCAACCUGCGGCGUAUCUCCACGGUUGUUCCAGCCGCUAAGCUCUCCAAAACGAUCCGUGUCUCGUUCGUCAAGAGCUUCAUGGAGCCGAGCUUGUGGCAGCAAGUGGGCCAACAGCCUACCGAUGCCGCCAUGAAAUUGCUGCAGGUCAAGAUGAAUCGAGGCGAGGCUUGGCGCCUCCAGUCACAUGCCGACGAAGCUGUGUUGACCGGUUACCUUACGGGGCCGGAGUGCGAGGCUCUCAAGGCCCUCAAAGCUUCCGGUAAACAUGGCACUUUCUGUGAACAGCUGCUGCGAGACCAACCGACCAAGGACCUCGUGCAGUGGGUUCCUCCGGGAGCUCUUCAAGGUUUAGCCUACUGGCGUGAAGUCAGCAAAGCAGGCUCAAGGCCAGAAAGGGCGCCUCUGCUUGGCGUGUCCGUAACGUGCCACGGUGGUGGUCCCGUGACGACUUGCUUGAGGCCAUGGCUCCUGAAAGGCGUUCUCACGAACGACAAUCCAGUGCCUGCCAGUGAGUACGCAGGCCAGCCCGAAGCGGCCGACAUGCUUGUGGAGGACGACGAGGAAACCAAAAACGCUGAUGCAGGACAGCCGGCGGAGGACAAAAAGAGGACUGCUGCUAGUGUUGCUCAGGGUGGAGCCGCUCAGCCCGCUAAGAGACCAGCGCAAGGGCUCUCUAAGGAGGAGGUCACGGCCGCAUGGCGGCUGUACGAGUGUGGCCAGCAGGGACAGUGUUUCUACACCAGUGCUACCGCUGCGUACCUGCUUCGCUCGGGCACAGUGUUCAAGAACAUUGAGAGCAAUCUCCCGGAGAAGGGCAGAGGCUUGCGCAUGAAAAUCGCUCAAGAGGUUGCGGAGCAUCAAGCCCACUACAGAGGCUUCUUCGCUCCCAGCCCUAUGCCUACGGGCGACGACGAGGCUGCUAAAGAGGCUAAGGAACGCAUGCACCGCAUCGAGGAUGGCGAGCCGCCGCAGACUUGGGAGCAGUAUCUGUCAGCCUUGCAUCGCCCCAAAAGAUGGGCGGAUGAGAUCUCUUUCAGGGCCGCUUGUAGGCUUUUGGGGGUCAACCUCACCGUUGUGCAGGGUGAUCUUAGCCUCCCCGAAAGGGUCUUUGCUUACAGCCGAGGUUCCAAGACCACCUUGUUCCUUCACUUUGCGGCAGGGCACUAUCAAUGCCUCCACCCUGUAGGUCCGUUUCCAGGAUAUAUCGACAAGGCGGCUGCUCCCGACGGGCAAGUGCCAAGAGGAGGCGGCCACCUCAAGGGGGCCCCGCAAGAAACGAUUGAUACCUCAUGGAUGCCUGCCUCUCCCGCGUCAAGCCAGGGCAGUGACAGCAAGGUCUCUAACGGCCCAGCCACGGACUCCCACCUUCCUGACCCGUCGCCGAGUCCUAGACCCGACCUCGCCGUGAACGGCCCUAAGGGGCUGAGGGAGAGCACUGGCCCUGCCAGCUGUCGUGCAGCCAGCAACACACGCGGCGCUGCCAGUCUUCGUGAGAGACGACGCUCUGGCGUCACCAACCGCUGCAAGUCUAAGCCCCCCAAUGCCGCUCUGCAGCCCGCGUGCUGCGGCACUGAGGUGGUCGUUGGUGAGCGAGAUGACAAAGAGCGCAGGGCUGCCAGGAGACAGAAGCUUUCUGACAAGGCUAAAGCUGUCGCCAGGGUUGAGGUCGCUGGCAGCACUGUCCGGCAAGCUUCCCUUAGCCGUGAUCUGCACAUCUCGAGGGCCCAUCCGGGUAUGGCUCGUGAGGCUUUCACUGACCUGAGAACUGUCAGUCCGCACGAGCCAGCUGUGUUCGAUUGCCCCGAUCCUUGUUGGGCGUGUGCGUGGUGCUACAGGCUGUUGCCUCGGGGCAUGAGCAGUUGGGUGAAGUCGAAAUCCAUCGCGUAUCACCUUGCCAAUUGCGCCAUCGCUCCUGCCGGGGCAGACAACAAGCAGAACAGCGUGCAACUUGCAUUGGAUCAAGGCCUCAAUUACAAGGGCUCAGCUGCUCAGUUGGCUUCGCAGCUCCCUCGGCUGCUUGACUUCCGGAAGCUUAGGCCGAAGGCCGGUGAGGAGGAGGACAUGUCUACGCGUCCUAG